AUGACUAACAAAUUAGUAUUUGAAGUGCUCGAUAGGACGUUGCUUGAUAUAAUGGUUUCGGUCUCUGAUAGGAAUAAAGAUUUACCUUUCGGUGGGAAGGUGGUCGUUCUCGGUGGUGAUUUCAGGCAGGUCUUGCCAGUUAUUCCAAAAGGUUCUCGUGUUAAGAUUGUGAUGGCGUCCAUAAAUUCUUCUGUCCUCUGGAAAUAUUGUGAAGUUUUGCGAUUGUCAAAAAAUAUGAGGUUAGCAAGUGGAUUGGAACAAUCAACUGAUCAGGAGUUAAGGUCAUUUUCAGAUUGGAUACUUCAAAUCGGUGAAGGUCGAUGUGGAACAGUGGUCAAUGAUAAACUUUUUGUUGAUAUUUCUUCUGAUCUAAUCAUUCCUGUCUUGGAAAAUCUUGUGGAAGAUAUUGUAAAUACAAUCUAUCCGAAUUUGGUUCAGAAUUUUUGUGAUCCAAGUUUUUUCCAGGAUAGGGCAAUGUUGGCUCCGACUAUCGACAAUGUUGAAGAGAUAAACAAUUAUAUAGUUGACUUGUUGCCCGAUGAGGAGAAAAAUUAUCUUAGUGCUGAUUCAAUAUGUGGUAGUGAUGCCUAUUAUGACAUUGAUGUUGAUUGGAUAAAUGUUGAAUUCUUGAAUCAGAUUAGGUGUUCUGGUCUACCUAGUCAUUCGUUUAAGUUGAAAAUAGGCGUGCCUAUUAUUUUGUUGAGGAAUAUUGAUCCGACUGGGGGUUUGUGUAAUGGAACUCGAGUUGUUGUGCGAGAUCUAGGGACAAAUGUGAUCGGUGCGGAUAUUAUUUCUGGUAGCAAUGUUGGGGAUAAAGUUUUUAUCACCAGAAUGAAUAUGAUUCCCAGUGAUAUGGUUAUACCGUUUAAAUUCCAACACCGUCAAUUCCCGGUCUCUCUAUCGUUUACGAUGACAAUCAACAAAAGCCAGGGUCAGACAUUAUCAACAGUUGGUUUGUUCUUGCGUCGUCCUGUGUUUUGUCACGGUCAACUUUAUGUAGCUCUUUUCCGAGUUAGGAAUAGAAAUGGUCUUAAGAUUUUACUUUGUGAUGAAGGAUUAAUUGAUCCUACCAGGACUGAAAAUGUUGUAUUUAAGGAAGUUUUUGAUAAGAUAUAA